ACAGCCAGCACGAGCUCGCAGUAGUGUGCAGUCCGAAGACACUCGAGUCUAUUUAAUCGCAUCGCCCGAAACAUGGCUUGUUCUUUACCUCAUGCGUUGAAAUGGUGAUUUUAUCUAACAAGCUACAACCAAGCGGCUCGCUCUGUCUCCUCUCCGGCUGAUUAUUAUUACGCGGUCAAUGUUAUUAAGAGUGUUUCUGCAGCUCAUUUCUCUUCCAGCUGACCACUAGAGGUGGACGCUGCGUCAGGCUGCUUACAGUGGGGAACACUGAGGACGCCUUAAAUAAAGCCUUUAUCUCCGUUACUGACCCACAGAAGGACACUGGCACGAUGUUUGAAGCCAGAGGAAUCCCCUUUAUAUUGCUUGACAUCGCGUGCCUAAUACUCGCUGGCCUCCCGCUUGCAGCGUUUAACCUGGGUAAAAUCAAACCGUAUCAGCGGGGCUUUUUCUGUAAUGAUGAUAGCAUCAGCUAUCCCUUCCACACCAGCACAGUCACCUCCACUGUGCUCUACACAGUGGGCUUCACACUUCCCAUAUGUAGUAUGAUCAUAGGGGAGUGCCUUUCAGUCUAUCUAAGCCGCAUCAAAUCAAAGUCUUUCUGUAACAGUUAUGUGGCCUGUGUCUAUAAGGCCAUUGGCACCUUCUUGUUUGGUGCCGCCAUGAGCCAAUCACUCACUGACAUUGCCAAGUACUCCAUCGGCCGGCUGCGGCCACACUUCCUGGAUGUGUGCAAACCGGACUGGACGCAAAUCAACUGCACAGGAGGAGCUUACAUUGAGGACUUCAUCUGCAUUGGGGAUCCAGCCAAGGUCAAUGAGGGAAGACUCUCAUUCUACUCGGGACAUUCGUCAUUCUCCAUGUACUGUAUGCUGUUCCUGGCACUUUAUCUUCAAGCAAGAAUGCAAACUGAAUGGGCACGGCUCCUUCGCCCCAUGCUCCAGUUCUUCCUGAUCGCCGCCUCCAUCUAUACAGGACUGUCCCGUGUCUCAGACUAUAAACACCACUGGAGUGAUGUACUCACAGGACUUAUACAAGGAGCCAUCGUGGCUUUAUUAGUGGUUUUCUGUGUGUCGGAUUUCUUCAAAAAGAAGGUUGAACCACAGAGAGAGGCAGAGAUCCUACACACCACCUUACAAGAGACGCCUACGAAUGGAAAUCAUUAUGAAAACCCAAACUAAACUAUCACGAGCCUCUGUCGAUGGGAAGGGGUUUCAGCGUGCACCCACUACGAGGACAGACCACUGCGGUGGAAACCUGUGAAUGUAACCUUGCUUUGUGUUCUCCAGACGCCUCUUUCUGGGGCUCU